GAACGUCUUGUUAUGGGUCUCCUCACGGCACAAGGAGUCAAAGUUACCCGACGACAGUUGAGAGAUGUCAUGCAGACGUAUGACCCACAAGGGAACAUGCUGAGGCGAGCGCAGGUCCUGCACAGACGCGACUACGAUGUCCCCUUCAUCAAUUCUCUAUGGCACAUGGACGGCCAGCAUAAACUCAUCAACUGGAAGUUCGUCAUUCAUGGCUGCGUAGACGGC